AUGGCGAAAAUACGGCCCGUCACCGAUAUUCCCAGAUUCCUUGUGCCACGUCUGUCGUGGGCUUCCGCCGCCUCCUUCAACUCUGCUUCCGGACCGUCUCUACGAGCGAUCACGCAACGGGCUAACCUUGCGAAGGCCCGGCAACUCUCCACUGUCCGAGCUGUUCAGUCCGAAGACCCUGAAUCCCAUCAAUAUCGAUCUCGCAAUGCCGCACUUGCGCAAUCUAAACGGACACGUUCACAACCACUGGCCACUGGAAAUGCUCCCAUACGGCACAAUGGGGUCUACGUAGCCUCAUAUCGGGGCGCAAGGCGAGCAUUCUCGUCUACAACAGUGCAGCAAAAGGACCACCAUUUCGACACUCUCAAGUUUGUCCAGCGACUAAAAGGCGAAGGAUUUUCCGAAGAUCAGGCUGUGGCCAUGAUGCGCGUGUUGAACGAUGUCAUAGAAGAGUCAAUCCAGAACCUCACUCGUACGAUGGUGCUCAAGGAAGAUGCGGAGCGCAGUACAUAUACCCAAAAAGUCGACUUCGCCAAACUCCGCAGCGAGCUUUCCAACGCCGACAGCACCGAAGCGCAGCUGACGCGCUCGAGCCACGAGAGACUAUCCAGUGAUCUCGCGAAGCUCAACUCACGCUUACGAGACGAAAUCGGCAGAACUCAGGCAAGCGUGCGCUUGGAUUUGAACUUGGAGAAGGGCAGAAUCCGAGAAGAGGCAAAUACCCAAGAGAUGCGCAUCAAGGAGACAGAGGCACGCAUCGAGCAAGAGGUGGCCAGCCUUCGAGAGCGGAUCGAAGCUGUGAAAUUCUCAACAGUGCAGUGGUUGAUGGGUGUGUGCACCGGCACGGCAGCGCUUAUUCUUGGUGCCUGGCGUCUCCUGAUGUAG